AUGGCAGACUUCAAGGAGAAAAUGAUCAGGGUACUGAUACGAGACUGCCACGCCCGCAUCCACAAGUACCGCCAGAUGAUUGAACAUCAUUCGUCAACUUGCCAGUCGAUCUUUACGGCACACGAGCUGGGGAUCCUCAAAGCGGCAAUUCUCGACAGCGCUCGGCGUCAUCGCCGGUUGCGUGAUGACCAGUUGUCUGGAAAAUUUGAGAAAAUAAGUCCGCCAAAGCAUCCCUCUGCUGACGGUGCCUUGGUUCACAACUUGUCCUCUCAUCGUUUCACUCAGCAACAACUAGCGGUUCUAUCCUAUGACGCGAAGUUCAGCACAAGAGAUGCUCAACCAGAAGACUUUAUUGCAUCCUUUGAAUCGGCGCUCCAGAAGUGUGAGGCAGACGAGGAGUGCAAAAACGCCAUGCGACAACAAGUGUCGACCUUACUCCUCCAACACAAACGCCAGAUGACGAUUUCUAAAGCAGAAGAUCGAGAACUUCUGAAGAUACGAAAAAUGAAGGAUAUCGUCACCCUGCCCGCCGACAAGGGGCGCUCGACUGUCGUCAUGGAUAAGGCUGAGUACUGUACAAAACUAGGCAACCUCUUGAUGGACAAGGAACCUUAUGCGCCAUCGACCGUCAGCGAGUUUAAGAAGCUCGUAAACAGCAUAAACAAUACGAUCGGCAAGCUGAGGAAGGCGGGAGCUCUUACGACAAGGGAGGCGUUGGCCGCAAAAGCCAGUGAUACCGCGAUGGCGCGCUUCUGCGGCCUACCAAAGGUCCACAAGCAGGGGCUGCCGCUACGCCCCAUCGUCUCCUUACGUGGUACUCCAACCUUUGGGCUGUCAAAGUGGCUGUACCAGCGACUUUGUUUCCUUACCAAGAAUUCGGAGUGGACAGUGAAGUCGGCUGAAGAGUUCUUGACGCGCAUCAAACAUCUUGAGGUGGAGGCAGAUGAGGUGAUGGUGUCAUUCGACGUGAUCUCAUUAUUCACCUCCAUCCCACCCGCGCUGGCUAUCGACACUAUUGAUGGCUUUCUCCGGGAAAAGCAUGAUGAGACCGACCAACAGCUCAAACGAGCACACAUAAUCGAGCUCCUAGAACUGUGUCUUAAGACCUUCUUUACAUUCAACGGCCAAGUCAACGAGCAAAAGAAGGGGACACCGAUGGGCUCGCCUCUGUCUGGACUAAUUGCCAAAGCAGUUUUGCAGAGACUCGAGCAGCAGGUCUUCAGCUCGUACCCCCCGAAGUUCUGGGCCAGAUACGUCGACGAUACGUUCGUUGUAAUCAAGAGGAGCGAGGUGAAGGCUUUCAAGACAUUGUUGAACUCAAUCUUCCCCGACAUUCAGUUUACUAUGGAAGAGGAAGUAAACAAUCAGUUGCCCUUCCUGGACGUACAAGUUACGAGAUUGACAGACGGGAAGAUAAGGACAACGGUUUGCCGUAAGGCAACGAAUACUAGGCGCAUCCUCCACUUCCGAAGCAACCACCCUGUUGGUCAUAAACGCAGUUGUGUCAGAACUCUCUUUCAACGUGUUCAAACACACUGCAGCGACGACAGUGGGAGGAAGGCGGAGAUGAAUUACUUACAGGGCCUUUUUAAAGCCAACGGCUACCCGAAGUCCUUCAUACGCAAAUGCCUUAAAAAGCCUCAUUUUGAGCGGUCGAGUGGAGAAAAGCCCAAGUUCUGGCUCUCAAUACCCUAUGUGAAGAACGUAUCAGAGGCAACGGCAAGAAUCCUAAAACCUUUUGGGAUUGGCGUGGCUCAUAAACCAGAAUGUACCAUCAGACAGCAAAUCAUGAAGCCCAAGUACCCGCUACCAACAACAGAACAGUCGGCGGUGGUCUACAGCAUACCAUGUCUAAAUUGCAAUGCAAGGUAUGUUGGUGAAACGGGCAAACGCCUCGGCACAUGAUUGCACGAACACCAACUUGCAAUCAACCGCAAGGACAAGCUGUCUUUGGUCUAUGGCCACAUACGAGAACUGAACCACAAUUUUGCCUUUGAGAAAGCGAGGGUAAUUGGUCGAGCCAAUGAGAAGAUGGCCAGACAGGUGCUCGAAAGUUGGUCCUCGACUGGUACACUCAACCGAGCUAUAGAUCUACAUCCCGCCUACCAAGCACUGCGUACAAGGCUCGGAUCAGUCCGGACAGGACCAGUAAGGCAAGCGAGCACGCGGGACCGAGAGUCAACGCUCACGGAAAAGAGCGGAAUUGGGGGCCAGAGGUCAUGUGACCAAAGCCGAACACUGUCUCACCGAUGCGCCCGCGAGGCUGAAUGCUGCUCACCUGAACAGCAACGACCAAUCAGUCCACCGGCUGACGUGGGAGGGGCCAAGCGGCACGUUGAUUUGACCACAACUAAGCCGACCCCAAAGGGAACAAAGGUCACACAGGCCUAUCAGCGGUCAGCUCCGGGGAGGUCUAAGCCAGUCAGCGGCAAACAGGCAGGUCAAAGUUCGUGCGUCCAGCACGGCUAUAAUACGAGGCAAGCGGCAAGACUGAAUAACUCAAGACCCGCAAGUACAACAAUUACGCUACUCUGAUGAUGGAAACGAGGACGUUUCCGAAACGUCAGUUCGAAUACAAUAUGGUCCAUAUAAAUAUAUGUGCAGAAUGUUAUUACUGACAAGGAAAAGAUGGACUGGGAUGGCCAUUUCUGGCAUACCAGUCGAAAUUAGCCGGUCAUACAUGACCCCGAAAUGUGGCACAACCAGGGCUCGAACUUGCGACCUGUUAGUCAUAAGUUCAACGCCUCUAAGCACUGAGCCACGCGUUCGUUCUCACGUCGGUUUCGAUCUGGAAUAUUCAGUGGUAGAGGGACGCUCACCGAUCGUCACCGAUCGCAUAUAUAAAUAUAUGUAUCUAAAAUAUAUCAUUCUAAGUUCUUCAAGUUUUUUGUAAUCAGAGCGGCGCUGGCCUCAUUCAUACCGUUCUGUCUGACGCUACGGCAACUAAUGUUAGAGUUAUAAUUAUAAUCAAAAUUUCAUAGAUGUUUCUCACAGAGAGAAGCUAACUGACAAUAUAACGCAGAACUGUCCAGUUAGUUUGUACCCUGUAUACAUCUGCAUAUUUUGUAAGUUUUUCAAUUUCCACCCUUCAAAGACAGUCAGUAAACCCACUCCCUUGCUGGGUGCAUUAGGUGUUAUAACUCACGAAAUGUUAACUGAAAUCCUGAAAUGUGUUUUCGACUCGAAAAUAUGAAUUAAGCAGGGUUACAAUAUUACCCAUCAUGCAGCAUAAACUCACCCCCCUUAGAACGAGCUUCCUUCCGGUCUUUCGAAAAACAGCACUUUAAACGUACCAUUAUGCAUCAUUUUAUAGAAAAAAUCUCCAAAAAGUUUCUUACCUGCACUCGUAUGGUAUAACAUUCCCUCAUUUUCGCCUUUUUUAUCGGUAAAAAAUAUUUCUGGUUUUAAAAGGUUUUAGUGAGAUCUUUGAGAUCGUUAAAUGUUCAUUUAUAAAGCAUCGCAUCGGCCAGUUGAGUAGUGCUGCUUAUAAAGUAAACAAGAUGAACAACAUUAAUUGCAAAAAUUUUCGAGCACCAUAUCACAUCUUUCCAAUAGCAUAUAGUAGUAUGUUAUUUUUCAAAAAAGAAGGCAUUCAGCUGGUAGUUCGAAAACCGUGAAUCCAAGUGUAGCAAUUGGGGUCAUGCUGCAUAGUAAUAAUAUUGCCAAAUGCAUUUUAGAAUUUUGGUAAAAAUUCCAUCCGAUAGUACACUUACUGCAGAACUUACUCCUGCGAGGAUUGUAAACUAAUUCAUAAAAAAGAUCAAAAUAGGGCAAAUUCCUUUUGGUCAGCGUUCGAUAUUUUGAGACCCGCGUGCGAAUCUUCUUUUUUGGGAGAAUUUUUUAAAAAGCUUAACUGAACACUCCAUAUCUUUUCCAUGCGGAAUCAUCUCAUUUAUGUUGGAUGCUAAGCCAUUGCUAUAGCUGUACUCAGCUGCAUUAAACCCUAAAUUUGAGGGAAUUAAUUUUUAGCAUUGCACAAGCUGCUUUUUACUGACGACGUCCUCAAUAGAUGUACUGAUUAAAUUCCACAAGCAAGAGGCAUCUCAAACAAACUCUAAGCAAGCUGUCAGAGAAUUAUGUUUGCGAGUGUAUCUCCCCCUUCUCUAAUAAACCGAUGAAUGUUUUUUGCAAGACCUCCGGUAAACUAGUCCCUUUAAGUCAGAAUGUAGCUAAUUAUCAUCCAUAGGUUAAUGGAAAGGGAUUUGUCAGACAACAAAUCUUGGUUUUCAGUUGAAUAAUAUUAUGAUUAAUAUUUUCAGUUAAAUGCUAGGCAGUUUUAAGUUUCGGAAAUAUUUCAAUUUCUAUUUGAAUCGAUAGAGUAAAGUCAGCGGCCUCGACAGCAACGACAGCAAGGGAAAUACUUGAGAACUGCCAGCGCUCCAAAAACCCGAUCCACGAGGUCCGACCGGAAGCCGUCAGUUCGUUCAUACUUGGUCAGUCUAUCCGCCCAGGCUUUUGCAACAUAUGGAAUCUGCCAAUUUCACCAUUGUUUACGUACCUCGGUUCGAAAGCAGCGAGUGCGGGAGAAAUAUCCGCUUGCCGACAGGCGGAAGGCCUAUGGGGUAAAUUAACUCUUUUGUCCAUCUUUCUGAAACAAAUGACGGUAGGGGUGAGUUAUGUAACCCCCUUGGGUGAUUGGUCAAAAGCCUACUCUCUUAUCUUACUUAUUUAGGUGUGCUUCACAUCCGUUUGCCGGGCAGUAGGUCGCGAAGGGGUUAUGCAGGACACAGUAUACGGCCGAUUAUUUGGUAACCCUAAAGGAAAAUGUAACGGCAGGAAUUAUGGUUGACGAUCAUUAAUAGUUCAUCCUUAUUUACGUUGUAUUUCCGAAUCAAAAACGUAUUUCAAAAUUUCGGUCAACGUUUCACGAGAUAGCACACCCAUUGCAUGACUUAUGUUUUGCGAGGAUUGUAAGCUAAUUUGCAAACCAGACCCUUCAGGGCAAAAUGCCAUUGAUCAGUGUACGAUAUUUUGGGACACGAGUGAAAUACACGCGUGCGGUUGUUCUUUAUGUGUUUUGAGGGAAUUGCUUAAUGAGCUUAAUCGGAAAAUCCAUGAUUUUUUUAUUGUUCUUUUAGGGGGUCCCUCACUUACGGAGGAUACUUAGUUUUCAGGUUAGUUUUUCACAGUCGCUCUAAACCCUGAUUUUUUGCAUUGAUAGAACUGAUUAUCAUUGACGAAGUCCUUAACACAUGUCGUGAAUGAACUGAAUAAAUUCCAUAAACUAAAUAGAUCUUAACUAAACUCUUAUCAAGCUGUACGUGAGUUUGUCUAGGACUUUAUAUGUUCAUAUUUGACAAAACAAAACAUUCUACACUACGUCCUGAAUAGAGCUUAUUCUUAUUUCUAGGUCUAGUUUGGAAGCUACGGGUUUUCAGUUUUCAAGUUUCUGGAAUAUUUAAUUUUUCAUUCGACUCAUUUGUGAAAAAAAUGAAUGACCUCGUCGAGAGUAGGAUCAACUACAGCAGGGGCAGUCAUUGAGUAAAGUCAACGGUUUAAACACCUGAGCUAUCAGAUCCCAGCGAGAGCCGUGAUUUUAAUCACAUUUGAGCCAAAUUACCCGCCCAGCCCACUGCAACGUGUAAAAUCCACCAAUUCCGAUACAUUAUGCUGACUGCCCUAGCGGGCUUUCCUAGGCAAUCAACCUAAAAUCCACCAGAUGACUAUUAGGCUCAUUUAAUAAGUACGCGUUUUGGCAGAUUCAAAUGGUCCGUUUGACUGACCACGAUUGUCGAGUUUUCAUAAGUGGGUCAGAAGAAUUAUUUAAAUCCGCCAAAGUCACUUGCCGGUUUCCUUUUUCGGCAUCUCUGUAUACAGAACAGGCAAUCAAAACCUUAGAGUAUCUAGACCACCGUUGAUUCGCACUUUUCCCUGCUCACCGUUUGCAAAUUCCCGUAAAAAAUUUUCGGUGGCAAAAGUACCUGACCCCCCGUUAGAAUAUAAAUACAAAUGUAAUCACCCUGAACUUUGAUGCAGACUUUCAGCUUUAUAUUUGUUAUCUGCUACUCCUAGUGCCGUUUUACCCCAAACUGCAAAAAAAACAGUCUGAUAAACUGUCGACUUGUUGCGUGUGAAUCCAUGCCAUGUCUGUUGGAAAAAAAACUCUCCACCUAUCGCCUUUUAGUCUCACCGUUAAACUUCCCAAACGUGCCAAACGACACGCGCUAGAAAACCACGCAAAAUCCCCCUAUAUAGUUGACUGGGUUUAUUCAAGUGCACUGUAGCUAAAGUGCUAAGAAUGCAAGCGAUCAUAUCUGUCUGCUCUAUUUUCCUUUUAGGCGUAAGAGGUGAGUUAAGUACUAGUCGUUAAAUCACAGUGCCUUUAAGUGCUCAGACGAUUAAUGGCGUCUUGUAGAAUUCCCUUAAACAUGCUUUUCUUGUGACUUUAGAGAAACCUCCGAUAUACCUGUAGAUGUUUAGUCGCAAUAUAUUACAUACUGCAGACGCUUUAUGCAAUUACGAAAUAAAUAGACUGCUCAACUGGACAGAAUAGUAAACAGAUGACAUUCCGCGUAAUGCUCUAUCCAUAACUUGGCCGCUACUGCAAUAGGCAGCUUUAGGAAUCUGGCUAAAAUGGUAACUAAUUAUACCCCCUCGAAGGUACAUUUGAACGUACUGAUUUACUACGCGAAAAUGAAACCCUUCGUAAGAAUGUCGUCCCCAAAAUAGCGUCCUCAACUGCUUCCAACUUAUCAGUGGAGAUUUAAGUACUCUUUUUGGUUUUUCAAAUCCUUCCUUGAUUACUCUUUUCCCGGCUUUAGGAUCAUUUCUGUCGUCAGAGGAUGAUCCACUGACUUACCCACUAUCAAACACACCAGGAAACAUCACCGUCCUUUGUCCCUUUCAACCAGAUGUAAGUCCAGAUAAAUAGUAGGAUGCCAGAUAGGUUUGCAAAUACACGUCUACACUCUAAGCUCUUAAAAACACUAACGUUAGAUUUUGGUUUCGUUUGAAGUAUUGCUUUGUAUAACCAAAAAUUGGUUCCAAAAUAAAAUGUGGCAACACUUUGAGAGAUAAUUUUAAGUGUAUAAACUUUCAAGUCGCUCUCACGAAAAUAAUGUUUGUAAAUGCUUAGCCCUAAACCUACUAGCUCAUUAUGAAGAAUAUUUAUGAGAAUUUCGUCCACUAGUGCAUAACCGGCCAUUUGAACAAUUCUGCGCUUUAAUGCUCUGUGGGCGCGCGAAAAAAAUCGGAACAAUUAUAUAUUUGUCGUCUCAGUGGCUGCGUGCAUUCUGAAGGAGACUCUGUUCACUGCAGUUAAUACCCUUAAUAGUGACGUCGUGUUUGCUGCAAGAAGAGGAAUCGCCUACCUGAGUUUUUGCAAUUACAACAAGACUUGCUCUCCCCCAUCUGCCCAGUUUGUCGCCGAAACGAAAGGUCGUUCCUCAGAAAAACAGUCUUGUGAGCAAAACUUGCGUUGCACGUAACAAUCUAUAUACCGGCGGCUGCUCGACGCUAAAAGUGGCAGGAUCUCACAGCACAAAAACAGAGGCAACCACUACGCCCGGUCUCUUAGCUCAGGAGCCAAAACUUGCUUAAAUCGCUUUCAGAUAAUAUUGUUUUAAUAUUGCCAUACUAUCAGUACAGUGCAGUUACUGAAUACUACGCUAAUACCUCGCUGUGGCUGAUUAACUUCGGCCCAAAUAUUCAUAAAUCGAGUUUCGGUUUGUGCAAUUUACUGGUUGAAAUACUGUAGCGAUGUCGAUUUCCAGGAGAAACCUUGAAGGAAGUGUCCCGAAGAGGUGAUGAAAUCGGAAAAUAUAUCUGGGCGAAAAGGUUACACAAAUGUUUGGUCGCCAUGCAACAAUCCAAGCAGAAUCCUGACAACCGUAUAUGAUGUUUUGAAGAAGGACACGGAAAUAGGAGCAGCACCCGUUAGCGUGGAUGACCUUACGCUAAAUUCCAGGAUGGGCAAAUAUCUCCGUUUUCAACCCUUUUUCAAACUCCAAUAAUAACGUUUGCCUCACCCUAAUUUCCCUGGACGUUAGCGCAACGUGCCCGAAAUGAGGGGCUCCUGUUGUUGUGCCUUGUUUUUUUGUAUAUCAUUCAUUUACGUAGCUUCAAAGGAAGAAAAGCUGGCUUUAAGCAAGCCAUGUUGCAGAAGUUAGUUUUCCAUCUGACAAUACUUUCGGCAUGUUGUGAUCAGUCGCCGAACGGGUGUGUUUAAGACUCAUUUAAAGUUGGGAUGGGACUUGAAGAACAGACUGGUAAGUUCAUCCUUGCAAAACAGUCUGUCAUAUUCAAACGAACUAAAAUUCGCAAUUUUAUAACUCCCCGCCCAGCCGCGAUCUAACUACAGUCUUUUAAAUGUCCGUUAUUUGAAUUACACAUAGAUCAAAACCUUACUUAUCGGCUCACGCGGAAAUUAAACUCCAUGAGGAAAGCACAUCAAAUAACUUUUUUUGCUUUAGACGUUCAUCGGGGAAUACUUCUACUAUGUUAGCGAUUCGACCUGCAGUAGUCUCCAAGAAACGCUGCCUUGCAAAGUGGAAAUAGGUUUGGCACUUGCUAUUCAUUGUUACACAAAUGGCUAAAGCAAUUUAGAUGUAUACUAAUGUACUUUGCCAAUUAAUAUGUAGCCAUUGACGAAUUGGUUGACUUAAUGUAGAGCUUCUUUUGCAUUUAGUAAAGAACAUGUGGCUUCUGACAAUCUCCUUUCGGAAAACCACAUUUCCUCAGCUAGUGGUCUUUCCAGCACAUAAAAAAUACGCAGUUACAAUGCAAGCGAGGCCGCUCAACAGCACCAAAUUAUGCAAGUAUUUUGUUUAUUGAUAUGUAUUAAAGGCUUAUCAAUUGCGCUGACGGAUUAAUUUUUAUAUAAUCUGCUGAAAUGAAACUAUACUGAACAAAACUGCAUUGGAAUAUUUAACUAAAAGUCAAAAAGCACUCGAAUUUGUAAACUGAACUUCACAUGUCCAAAAGUGGUGUAAUUCUGGCCACUUUAAUAUAAUAUAUGAGCUAACCUGCUCAAAAAUAUCUUCGUGUGUUGGGAAUGCUAACUCCUUUGAUUAAUACAUAAGCCCAAAUUCCCAUAUAGUGGCUGCGAGGGGCUACUAAGUAUGUAUAACUAAAAGGUUGAUCUUAAAAUUCUUACAGUGAAAUCAAACAAAGUUUGCGGGAAAUUUAGCAAAAGAUCUCAGGCCGUUUUAACUUUUAUACAAUGCUCAUCACUAACGAAUCCUCAAACUGGUCGAAAUUAGGAUUUUUGGACUUACACAUAAUUAUCUUUCGCUUAGGCAACAUUUUGCGAUCUUUCAGAUCACACAUUCUCCUUCGCGAAUUCAAAACCGUUUUAUCAUGAAGCCGGAGAGAGGCGACGUCAUAUGACGGUUAUGUGUGCAGUCAAGACGCCGAAACACCCCUUAGGAUUGAAGGUAUGAAGCACGCAUUUGUGCAAUCAUUCUGUUCGCGAGGUCACAAUCAACAGGCUGCCUACCUUAGACGUGAAAUUUGAACUGAACAAACAGUUCUUGGAAAUUUUUCGGAUAACCUGACAUUUAUAAAACCAUUCAAAGCAAUUUUUAACGUUAACGUGCCGAUCACAAGUAAACUGCGAAAUAUGACAGUGACAUACUUGUAAAGCGGGUUCACAAGCGAAAUCAUUCGUGCCAGUGUUUGGGUUCAUUAACAUAAUCACCAGAACUCAGUAGCGCGAUCCUUCGCCAUACUUGCGAAAGGACAAAAAAUGUCAAUAAUCGCAUAUAAAUCAAUCCCACAUUAAGACUAUGACUGCAGGAUUAUAUUUUCUGCCUUGGGGCAAGUUUACCGUUAAAUAUUCUUAUGCAGAAUUAGCGCUUGCUGUUAAAAGUGCGCCGAUUUUUUUGAUCGUAAUAUGGUGUUUGCACGCUGCUUAAAACAACCCACAUGGGUAGGCAGUUAAUGUAUGUACAUAAAAUUUUGACAUGAACCCUCUACAGAUACUAACUGUUUUCUUCCUUCCGAAACAAUUCCGGAAGUUAUCAGUUUUCCUAGACGGCGUUAUUUACUGCAGUUUGAAUCUGCAAAAAGCGGAUCCUUGCGGUACGUCGAAAGUUCUCGCAUCCAAACGACUAAUCUAAACAUUCGUAGAUGACGUAAGGUUUGACCGUAAUUCGGAUAUGGUCUACGCUCGCAUCAAAGUGAAAAACGAUGCCGACGCUUUUGAAAAAUUCCACAGCGUAAUUUGUAAAACCACUGGAACAUAUGGACCGAAUUAUAUCUCGCACUAUGUGAGCUUUGGUUCUAAUGGUAAGUACUUUUCAGAUAGAAAAGAGAUCAGUAUGACACAGGUUUCUGAAGUUCGUGUCAUCAUUUGUUUCUUUCGAUUUUAGACUACAUAGAUUGA